CAGGAAGGAAUAUAAACGGUCACAGAUGACAAACUGAGAUGCUGAGUAGUGAGUAGCUCAAGGCACUGAUGACAUUUUUUAUUUAUUGUUCCUUUAUUGUGUUUGUUCUCGGUUUGUUCUCCUGCUGAGUGGCUGCAUAACUCUCAAGCCUGUUGUGACGUGCCUCCUCAGGCAUGGGAAGUUCUCCGGCAACAAGUCUGAGCAACUUUAUUUAGCAGUGAGGAGUCACCGAAGCAGUUCUACUGAAGUUAAACCGAAGAGUACAGCUCGAGAAAGACCAAGCAGUAUGUCUCAGGAUAUUAGAAGAAUUUGCUUUUGAGCAUUUGUGAUAUUUUCACAACAUUCCCAAGAUUACAGACAAAGGAGACGUUACGGAUAAAUAAUAAUCCAAAGAAUAAUACUAAUGGCAAACCACGCGAGUGACAACUGUACAGCUGGAAGUAAGGAUCUGUACACGUUCUACUUCUCGGUGAUGAUAGUGGAGUUUAUCCUGGCACUUCCUCUGAACCUCACCGUGAUCUACCUCUUCAUUUUUAAACUCAAAUUCUGGAAAUCUAAAAGCAACAACAUUUUUCUGUUCAAUCUCGUCCUGGCGGAUAUCCUGCUGCUGAUCUGUUUGCCGGUCAGGGCGUAUUACUUCCAGCGUGGAGAGAGACGGAGUAACAACAACACUGUAUGCAGAUCAGUCCUGUUUAUGCUCUUCUUGAACCGAGAAGCAAGCAUCGCCUUCCUGACUAUCAUUUCCAUCGAUCGUUACUUCAGUGUGGUUCAUCCCAGCAUUAGGAACCCCUUCAAGAUCAGGAAACGAAACGUUCUCAUCUCUGUUCUGGUCUGGGUUGUGCUUAUGCCUUUGACCAUCCCGUCCAUGCUGACCAGCUUUGAGUGCUGCAACAGCAACGAGACGGACGACACGCCAGGACAGCUUCCAGAGACCGCCACCCCUGUCACCUUCAGAGAGCUUGUGUUUUUCACGCCGGUUCUCAUCCCAUCUAUCGUCCUGGUCUACUGUACUGUCAGGAUCACCAACAGGCUGAAGCAGAAAACGGUCGGCGACAGGACCAAGCUGAGAAGAGCCGUGUUCCUGGUCACUCUGGUUGUCUUGGUGUUUGUUUUCUGCUUUUGGCCGUCUGCUAUUUCUAGGUUGGUGCUGCUAAUGGUUAGAGUCACGGAGCUUCCGAGAGAGGAGGAAAUAGCCGUUCAGGUCUAUGAUGGACUCAUGUGCCUCUCGUAUCUGGAUUGCCUUUUGGACCCCAUUGUCUACUGUCUGAGCAGUACCAAGUUCAAACACUUGUACAUGACCACAUAUCUGCCUUUUCUGAUGAAAGGACGACACAUGGAACAUCACUGAAACCUCAUCAUCUGCACAAAUGAGUGAAUGUAAUAACAACAAAUAAACCCUGAAGCUUGAACUUUAACUAACAUGAAAUUCAAGUCUUAUUGAUACUAUUUUAAACUGUGAUGAUCUGUGUUCGUUUACAUUUGAGUUAAAAAAAAAACAAAACAAACAAAAGCAAUGCAUUCAUGUGUUACUACUCAGUUCUGUUAUUGAUUGUGCUUUUUUUUAUUUAUACAUUUAUUUGAUGUGCACCAGAUCAUAUAUCAUGUGCUAAAAUCCUUUUGCAUUUCAUUUGAGCUUAAUUCUCAUUAAACAUGCUGUUUUAUUGCCGUUUUUUGUACUCAAGGAGUUUGUUUUUUAUUUAAAUUGCUAUAAAGUGUUGCUGGCAAACAUGUAAAAUAUGUAAAAAAUAAAUUUUAAAAAAUCAUAGCUGUGGUAUUUUCACACAGCAGAGAGUUAAAUCGUUAAAAUUUGAAUUGUUAUGAUUAAAAAUGAUUAAAGACUUUUAGUGGAGAAAUGGUAAAAAAUCGCAGUUUAGACCUCAAGACUUACUCGGUGCUGCUCUAGAGUUUUUUUGUUUAUUUUUAAAUAAAGACGCAACUGUUCUUGCGAGCAUGAUAAAAUACCCUACAUCCAUCCUUUUGCGUGCUCCGAUUUAACCUUGAUGUAAUAUCUUGUAGCUUCUUUGGGAGCUGUGUGCUGGAUCAAGUGCUUUUUAUAAGCUGCUAAAUGUAAUAAUAAUAAUAAUAAUAAUGAUAAUAAUAAUAACAAUAAUAAUAAUAAUAACAAUAAUAAUAAUAAUAAUAAUAAUAAUCUACUAAACAACUAUUUGAUUUUUAAUGGUUAUUACCUCUCCAUUCACAUUAUUAGUCUUUUAUUCAUUUUUAUGCAACAAAAAAACUAUUUGUUUAUCUUUAGUCUGUCUAUAUUUUCUAUCCUUGAUUUUUUUUUCCCCACAAAUAUUUAUGAAAUUAUUUAAUAACAGAUUUCCAGCAAAGAUUAAUAAAUCAAGUCUAACUAAGUACUAAUAAAGACUAAUAAAUAGUAGAUAACUGUAGUAGAUAUUGACAAACUUUCACUGCUCAUAUUUACUGACAAACUUUGGUUAAUAUGAAGCUCAUAUGAAAGUAGACACUCAGAGAUUUAAGAAUUUGUAGUGUUUCAGGAGUGUUUCUGUUUUAUAAUGUAGAAUACUAUGGGAAAUAUAUUCAUAAAAAAGUGGUUAGUUUUCUAAGUAAAUAUUAAAACAUCCCUCAAAGAGAUCUUUGUAUUUAAGUCUUAUUUUCUCCUCAUAACUGUUUUUUUAAAACAUGAUUUUUUUUUUCAUUUGUACACGUGCAGAACAUCAUUUUAUUUUCUUAAAUGCAAUUUUUCUCUCAAUUUUCACUUUCUAUUUUUCCCCCACAAUUAAAUUCUAUCCACACGUUCACUCUUCACUUUUUCAAUUUUUCCUACGAUUCAUUCAUUUCAUGAACUUAAUUAAUUUCAUUGAUCCUGUGCAGUUUAUUUGUUUGGACGUAUGAGGCAGGUGCUUUUAUUACGUACGUGUGAUUUUUAAAUCUAUAAAUUUGUAGAUUUAAACAUUUUAAAAAACUUUUCACAUUUUUUUUUUAUUUUUCACACAUUUCUAUAAAAUAUUUCCACAUAAUUUAGCCUUUUUAUUUUCAUGUUAUCUUUUGACAUCUAGGGCACAUAACCCAUAAAGCAGGGUUUAUUCCCACCACUCAUCCUCCACCUACCCCAGCUUCUGCCCCGUUUCACCAUAUUCUUUUUCUCGCAUAAAUGUUUCUUAAACAUGAUUUUUUUACAUGAAUAAAUUCUUCACAUCUUCAACAUGUGACUUUCUGACAUGGUUCCUUUAUUUUCUCGUUUUUUUUCUUCUUUUUUUUAACUUAACUUUUACAUUUGAUUUUAUCACAUAGUCU